AUGUCUCAACCAGCCCAAGGAUAUACCCAUAACGGACCCGUCGACUGUUCCUUGCCCUUCGACACCAAUAAUCUAAAAGGAAAGACGGCAAUUGUCACUGGAGGUGCCAAUGGACUCGGCGAAGGCUAUGUUCGCGCCCUCGUUGCUGAAGGGGUCAAUGUGUGUAUCGCAGAUCUGAACGAAGAAAAAGGGAAGAAGUUAGAAGCAGAGCUGAAGGGCACGAAAUACAUCCAAUGCAACACCACCAUCUGGGAAGACCAAGCCCGUCUCUUCCGCGAAGCCGUCUCCUUCUCGCCAACAGGCAAAAUCCACUACGUUGUCGCCAACGCCGGAAUCCAUCGACCGGACGAAGUCUUCCUAUACUCUGGCGACGACCAGGAGCCACAAAAACCGGAUCUCAGCACCAUCGACGUUAACAUUCAAGGCACAUUAUACACAGCCAAGUUAGCAUCGCACUACUUCAUCAAACAGAACGGACAGACACCCUCACCAAAGCAAGAGGAUACAUGUUUGGUUCUCAUUGGAUCUGGUGCAGCCUUCCUUGACUGCCCUCGCGCGCCUCAGUACUGUGCCAGUAAAUGGGCUAUGCGGGGUAUCAUGCAUGCUCUCCGAAGGACGGCAUUCUAUUACGGGAGUCGGGUUAAUAUUAUCUCCCCUUGGUAUGUGAAGACAAACAUUCUCUCGGAGGACGCUUUUGCCCAUGUUUCUAGUCUGGGGGUAGUGUUCGCCACGGUUGAAGAUGCAGGGCAGUGUCUUUUGCGGAUUCUUAGCGAUACGAGUAUCAAUGGUCAUUCUAUUUUCGUCUCGGGGAGGAAGUGGGCUGCCCAGGGUUACUUGGACUUGGACUUGGAGGAUUAUGCGGGCAGUGCGCUGAUCCAGGAGAUUCAGGAAGAUCAAAUGAAGUCGGCGCCGGCUUCGUUAGGAUUGUUCGUGUGA